CCGUGGUCUUGGCUGAUUGUGCACGCGUUGGGAUCUGCCCGGUCCUCCGGCUUCCUCCAACCCAACAUUGGCGGAAUUGAAAUGGAAAAUCCUAUAAGCCAGGUCCUGUGAACAAUUGUGCCGCUGAACUGCCAUUAUUUAGGGGGCUUUGCCAUUGUCAACUGUGCAAAUGCCUCGGGGGGGCCAGUAUGUUCCUGCUCAUCUGGGCCUCAGUUGUCAUCCUAAAUGUUCUCUGGUCUGGUGCGGAGUGAAUGGGCUUGUUGGCUGUGGUGGGGGCAGGGCUGGACUGGGAAGAAAAAUUGUCCCUGGAUAUCUUGAGGGAAUCUUGAGCAUACGGCUGAAGCUCUGUGCUUAGAGGUCAGACCCCUGCACAAGGCCAUCAGACUAGCCCACAAGAAGGCUCUUAGCUUGGAAAGUAAUCUACUUUUUCCAGAGCGUCGUAUCAUAGUAGAGCAUAUGCUUAGGUCCAGCCACCAAUCUUCCCCAUGCCGAAGGACUAGCCCACCUGCUCAGACUCCCCAUGACAGAACCAGCACGCUCUCUAGGAGAACCAGACUAGAACCUCUUGAGUCAAAUAUUAUAAGAGGCUCACAGAUCUCUCCAGAGGAUUGGCCUUUCAACCGUAGAGCUCAUCUGAUGUUUCUGAGCAGCUCUGAAGAUGAACACGAGGUUGGAGAGCAGACUGGCGCAGCAACAGCAGAGCUCAGCGUGGCUUCAUCCCUACUUACGCCCACUCCCACCAGGGAACGCAGGCUGAGUAAGAGAGAGAGAAGACGACUGAAGAGCCUGAGGAGAAGACAGAAGAGAAGAGAACGAAGCAGACAGAGUCAGCUGCAUGAGAAUGAGCAGAGCUCUACAGGGGACCCAUCUAGCUGCAGUGAGGAUGAGGAGCUCCCAGGCCGGGAUCGUGAAGGCUACAACUGUGCUGUAUGUCUAGACGUCUACUUCAGUCCAUACAAGUGCCACCCAUGCAGUCAUAUCUUCUGUGAACCUUGUCUGCGGAUGCUGGCCAAGAACUGCCACACCAACACACCAUGUCCAUUGUGCAGGACCACCAUUAAACAUGUUUUCUUCCAGAAAGAACUGAACCGCACAGCCCGUACGUUCUUCCCAAAGGAAUACCUGUCUCGGAAGCAGGCCUUCCAGAAAUCAAGCUGCGCAAAAUGGCCCCUUCCGAGCUGCCGUAAACUGCUUAGAAUAUUUGGAGGCAUUCAAAGACAGGCAAGUCCAACUGGCAGACGGCAGUUCCCUGCCGGGGGCUACAGGCUUGAUGCCUUCAACUUUGAGGAUGAUUCGCAUGGCUGGCGAUUUGACAUGGACAUGGUGAUCAUUUAUAUAUACUCUGCCAACUGGGUCAUUGGCUUCAUUAUCUUCUGCUUGUUCUGCUACUUCUUCUUCUCUUCCUUUUGAAAAGGACAUGUAUGAAGGCAGCAGUGUGUAAGAUCUUAUAGACAGACAAAUAUCACAAGCUAUGGACUGUGGUAUCCUAUUUAAGAAGCCAGUCAUCAAUCACAGGACGAAAUAUUUUCAUGAAGUUGAAACUGCCUCUAAAUUGAAGUGGAGUUUUGAGUUUGUGGAUUGAGUAAUAUGUUUGCUUUAACAGGAUUUUGGCAAACUUUGUCGAGUGUUGAAUUCACAGUGACCUUAAAUAGUAUUUGGGCUCAUGAGUUAGUCAAAACAGUGGAGUUUGGUCAAACUAUGGCAGCGAGACAGCGAAUAGUUGUCUUAAAUCAGAGGAGAUCUGGCCCUCCCGGCUGAGCCUGGUUUCUCCCGAGGUUUUUUUUUCUCCAUUAUUCAGCAUUGGAGUUUGGGUUCCUUGCCACAGCAGAGCAGUGCAGUGUUGGCUUGCUCACCGGGAGACUGCAUUUAUUUAUUUAUUUAUUCAUUUAUUUAUUAGAUAUUAUUUAUUAUAAUGAUCUUGCUUGGUCUAUAAACACCAUGCACUGUGCUGUGUUUUACCUUUCUGUGUUUUUCUUAUUUGCUCCUGUAAAGCUGCUUUGGAACAAUGCACAUUGUGAAAAGCGCUAUAUAAAUAAAAUUGAAUUGAAUUGAAUUAAAUCAAAGACGGCGCCGUCUGCGGAGCCAGUUAGUGUAUUUGCACAAUUUCAUUAGAGAACAUUUUGGUCCCCUGGCUACCAUGUCAGAAGAGAAAAUUCUACACAAAUUUAGCCUGCCACGGAAGCAAAUUCUGCAGCUCUUGCAUCUUGUUGGCCCAACUUUGUCGAGACAAACUCGACGGAGCUACCCCCUCAGCCCCGAAAAUCAGCUGCUGCAUGGCGGCUCUUCGUUUUUAUGCCGUGGGGAGUUUUAUGGAGGUGUUUGGGGAUGAAUAUGGGCUGAGAAAGACCUCGGU